AUGAAGCAACCGCAAGUAAUAUUACUCAUUGGAGUUCUAUGCAUUCACUCAGUUUUAGGUCAACAGGUCAAACAGUGUCCCUCGCAGCAGCAGUGCCUGGAGUUUAACAGCUGUCACGAGUUUCGGACGUAUGUUGGAGUCGCAGCAACUAAGUGGCCUCCAAUGGUACAAACAUUAAUCAAAAGCCGCAUCUGCAAGUUGGAACAACGUGGGCGCGAAAGAAUCUACAGCGUCUGUUGCAGUUCGCCAUAUCAGUUUCCAAAUGGUUUGUUCAACAGCUGGGGACAUCCUGCCCCAAGCGCCCACAAGCCUAGGGGUCUAGAUUUAUUAGAUAUGAAAACAUGUGGUAAGCACAGCAGCGAACGGAUAGCCUUCGGAAAGAAGGCUCAGGUGUUCGAAUAUCCGUGGAUGGCUCUACUUCUAGAUGACAAUCAGGAAAUCCGCUGCGGCGGAUCUCUUAUCGCAGAGAGCUACGUCCUCACAGCAGCACAUUGCAAUCGACCGGCGAUAGCAACCGUGCGUUUAGGUGAAAAUGAUAUAUCCAAGGAUAUCGAUUGUAACAACUUCGGUGAUGAGUUGGACUGUGCCGAUCCUCCGCAGGACAUCGAGGUGUCCAAAUUCAUUAAGCAUUCGUUAUAUAGUAGCUCUAAGAGAAGAAAUGAUAUAGCUUUAAUCAAACUUGCCAAACCAGCUAGAUUAAGUUUUAGUGUUAAAACCAUCUGUCUGCCCAUUGGAGCGAUGGUGCGCAGUCCGGAGCCAAAGGAAAUGAUCAUUUCCGGUUGGGGUUUCACCGAACGGGGACGAACCUCAAACGUGCUGCAAUAUGCUAGCGUGCCGAUUCUAACGACCGACCGCUGCGCCAGCACCUUGGCCAAACUCAGUGAUGCCAUUACGCUGGACGAUUCCAGUCAGCUUUGUGCCGGUGGAGUAAACAAGGUGGACAAUUGCGCGGGAGAUUCCGGCGGACCGUUGCAGUAUUAUUCGCGCUCGUCCGCUGCGGUAAUGUACGGUGUGGUCUCGUUUGGGGUCAACUCGUGUGGAGAUGAAAGCGCUCCCGGAGUGUACACUAGGGUUUCACACUAUAUCGACUGGAUCGCACAGAACUUGGAAUAA